AUGGGGCUACCAAUUUAGAAAUCUAAUAACUUUCAAAUCAGAUAGAAAUCUAAAGAAAAUUUGGUGGAUGAGAGUAAAAGAGGAGUGUUACCUUCUUAAUUGUUAAGUACCUGGUAUGUGAUGAAAGCUACAUAAAAUAAAACUAUUAGAUAGGCUCAUCUUCACGCAAAAGGUCUCAAACAAUAAUAGCUAGCUAAAUUGAAUAUGAAUGAAUCUAAAGCGAGUUUUAUCAGACAAGAUACAUCUCCAAUAACAAUUAGCAGUAGCUUAGAAUAUAUCCAUUACUAGAAUUAGGAUUUAAGUGGCACAUUACCGAAAAUAAACGCUAUCAGAAACAAUUAUGAUAGUGAAUAAAGUUAGUAAGUAUUAGAAUAAGAACAAAGCGUUUAAUCAUUGAAAAAUCAAGAUCUCUAAAAUACUUCUUCACUUGAAAGCAUCUCUAAUAAUACAAUAGUUAAAGAUUUACGAAUGAAGCUUGUAAAUUUCAGGAAGCUCAAUCAUAGAAAACUGCACAUGUAAAGUGAGGCUCAAAAAGUAUAAAAGCAAAUAUUUGAAGUAUAAAAUUCAACCUCGUAAAAUAUUAAAAUUAAAAACUAAAUUGAUUCCAAAAGUACUCUACUCAAUUACGCACUUGAAUCUCGUGGUUUAAGUGUUAAUCGAUUUUCCAACAAAUUCCCUAUUUCUUAAAUACUUGGAGAUUUUACUAAAUCAGAGUUCAAGUCUAAUAGAUCAAGACAGAAAUCUAACGUUGAUAUAUAAGAUUAUUCACAAAGAAUAAAAAAGAUGAGAGUGCUUUUCUUAAAAAACAAUUAUUCAAAUGUUUCCAUGGACCAUUCUGCUGAAACAUUAAUUGACAAGAGCUAUCGAGGACAAUAAUAUAUAGAAGAGCCAUAGCUCACUUUUUCUGAUUUGAGAAACGACCUUCAGAUACGAGCAAUGCAUUUGACACCCUAAAAAACUCAAACAAAGAAAAUGAUUAUCAUUCAAAAUCAGAACUCAUUCAAAUUGCAUAAAAAUGACAAGGUUAAGAUCGUAUCUCCAAAGCUACCAUAGAGUGAGACGUCAUCAACAGAUGAAGAUUAUGAUUCUGAAAUUAACUUAUCUCCUUCUUAGAGUCUUUGCAAACCAAAGUUUCAGGCAUUUAUCAAAAGAAAAAAGAUCUUCUAAUGA